CUCUCCCUCCCUCCCUCCUCGCUCCCCACCGUCCCCCCUUCCGACCUCCACACUUCCGUCCGCACCGUCGCUGUUGUCGCCACUGUCGUGCGCACACAUAUAUUUUGGUGGCCCCAUUCUCCCUCCCCUUCUCCCCAUCGUUUUGCUGCGCGGCCUCGAGCAUUGAGAGCGCCGUGUUGGGCUGCCUGCCGGCCGACGCGCCGCAAAUCAAAACAACACUGCGCCGGCGCCCAAAUCUCGCAACCCGCAUCUUACGCCAUCGUCAACCCUCGACAUGUUUUUCCCAGAGCAUCUGCUGUCCAAGUCGGGCCCGCUAGCCCGCGUCUGGCUGGCCGCCAAUCUCGAAAAGAAGCUUUCCAAGAAUCAGGUCCUUCAAGACAAGAUCAACGAUGAUAUCGCCGUCAUCGUCAGGCCAGAGGUCGCCGGUGGCCCAAUGGCCCUGCGUCUCAGCGGCCAACUGUUGCUGGGCGUGGUGCGUAUCUACAGCCGAAAGGCGCGCUACCUCCUCGAUGAUUGCACCGAGGCCCUGAUGAAGAUCAAGAUGGCUUUCCGCCCUGGAAACAUCGACCUGCCUGGAAAUCAGUCCCACAUCGCCAAUCCCGCCAGCUUGACCUUGCCGGAUGUCAUUACCGACAUCGAUUUGCUCGCCCCAAUGCCUGACCCUGCUCUAUUCCUGUCACAGUCCCUGCAGCAUGUUCCCACUCUAGGCUUCGAGGACACCACCGUCCCAGACUGGGACAGCAGUCAGUUCUUUUCAGGCAGCGUCGAACAACCCCGUGGAGAGCCCAUGGUGUUGGAUGACGCAGAUGUAUUGAGCUUGGACUGGAACGACGAGCCUCAUCCUGAAUUCGAUGAGGGGACUAGCAUUGAGAGAGGACGUAACGCGCCGCUUGAGCGCCGCCUUUCCGAAGACCUCGCCUCAAGCCCCAAACCCCUAGAGGAGGAUGAUCUAGGCCUGGACUGGGAUGGCGGCGAUACCAGUGCAAUCCCUGCCCCGGGGCACACCGAACUGGGAAACCUUGACGUCAGCAUGGAGGAGACCACCGAUAUUGGCCUUCCUGUAGAUGAUGCUAUUCUGCCUGAGCUGCCUGCAGAUGAGGAAGCCGUGCCCGGGUUGGAGCGCGAACGCGACACCAUCUCACCACUAUCAUCCAUUCGCUCUAGCGUUGAACGCGAUUUGGAACAGACCUACCAGCAGGAGCAUAACCUGACGGCAGUCGAGCUGGAAGAUGAAGAGCAGGAGGAGGCCGUUCGACAGACACAGAGGGCAAAGCGCAGAAGAUUGCUCCACGCCGAUGAGGAAACGCAGAUCCCCAACAGUCAAAUCAGGCAGCAACAAAACGACCGUAGCAAGAUCUUGAAACCUUCGGCAUUCCUCCCCCGUGACCCUAUGUUGCUUGCUCUGAUGCAAAUGCAGAAGACGGGCGGAUUCGUCUCCAACAUCCUUGGCGACGGCCGAAGCCGCGGUUGGGCGCCUGAGCUUAGAGGAAUCCUCUCGCUUGAGGUUGUAUCACGGCCCGGACAGAAGCGCAAGCGGGAUAGCGGUGUCGCCGAUCUGGGUUCCGAGGAAGAAGACGCCGGAGCAGGCAAAGAAAAGACCCCGCAGCUGGAGUUUGAGCAGACAGAGACAGAACUGGAUGGUGUAGCGGCACCGUUCGGUGGCGACACCUCUCUUGCCCACGAGGAGGAGGCCAUACAUCUUCCUAGUGAUGAAGGAAUUCCUGCCAUGGACGAGGAUCAUCUUGAACAGGAGGAAGCCUUUUCGCCCGUUGACCACUUCGAUGACACGACGGCACCCCUUCUCCACCCAGCUGACAGCGGACCCAUCUCCGUGGGAACUAAGCAUGCCGUGCACAUCCUUCGCGAGCGGUUCGGUCCUGAGGCUGAAUCCAACGAGUCGGAAAGACAGAAGGCCAGUGUUUUGUUCCAGGAUAUGCUCCCUGAGGCCUCCACCAGCAGGGCAGAGGCAACCAAGAUGUUCUUCGAAAUAUUGGUUCUCGCCACAAAGGAUGCCAUCAAGGUCGAACAACCGGUAGACGAACUUGGUGGACCCCUACGGAUACGCGGUAAACGGGGGCUUUGGGGUUCAUGGGCCGAGACGUCCGCGAGCGGAGAACUGGCGUCGCAGUCUGCACCAGAAGCUUCCGCUGCUGUCCCGGCCCAGGCGUAGAGACUACUCUGUGCUUUGCGGGCAUUGCUAACUUUGAUUUACUUGCGUAGGCUUUGCGGAGGCUCCGGUUGGCGUUGGCUCAAUACCCACGUGUGUCUGGCUCUCCUGUAAAAGCGGCUUUGGCGCCUGGAAGGGUUUACAUUAUUCUGGAUACAUUGCCUUUUUCAGACGGCUUCUCUUUUGCAACCGAACCUGAAUUGGUAGUGUCAGUUAGGAAUCUGAUUCUUUUGAAUAAACUCCCUCACGGAUUGCACCUGGUUGUCCAUGUACGGUAGCAUUCCAACCAU